CCAGGCCGCCAAAGGUUCGGUCAUACUGGCGACAUAAACGAAUUGAUCCACAAAACCAAAAAAAAUUUAUGAUGCGCUGGUUAUCCUUUUUGCAGCUGUGCCUCAGCCUCCUGCUGAUCCUGCCGCUGCCCCUCGAAGCCUUCGAGCCCUUGACAAUGGGCGCCAUAGGUCUCGGGGCCGUCGGAUUUGGCACGUACUUCAAGGAGUACACUUAUUGCAAAUUCACCGAGUGCUGCGAUGACCGGAGCAUUCCAGCAAAUAUCGAAGCCCUGCGCUCUUCCCUGAAUCGAUAUCUCUUCGGCCAGCACAUAGUGGCGCAGCACAUUAUACCCGCUUUAUCGGCCCACUUUCAAAGCCGGUCCACAUCGCGCAAGCCCCUGGUCAUCAGCUUCCACGGACAACCCGGAACGGGCAAGAACUUCGUGGCCGAUCAGAUUGCCAAGGCCCUCUACCUCAAGGGUUCCGAAUCGAGUUUCGUGUCCAAGUAUCUGGGCCAGGCCGACUUCCCGCAGGCAGGAAUGGUGGAUGCUUACAAGGCGCGCAUCAGUCGAGAGGUGCGCAAUAAGCUGCACGAAUGCCCGAGAUCGCUGUUUAUCUUCGACGAGGUGGACAAGAUGCCCAGCGGCGUUUUCGAUACGCUCACCUCGCUGGUAGACUACAACGCCUUUGCCGAUGGCACUGACAACACGAAGGCCGUUUUCAUCUUUCUCUCAAAUACGGCCGGCACUCACAUAGCCGAUCACCUAGGCAAUCUAAUGAAGGGCGGUAAGCUGCGCGAGGACACACGGCUAAGUGACUACGAAUCGCUGCUAAAAAGGGCCGCCUACAAUUUGGACGGCGGAAUGAAGAAAACCACGAUGAUCGAAUCGCAUGUCAUCGAUCACUACAUUCCGUUUCUGCCCUUGGAGAAGUCGCAUGUGCUCAGCUGCCUACAGGAGGAGUUCUGGAGGUGGGAUCGCAAUCCCGACAGCCAGAAAAAUAAGAAGCUCAUUGAUGAUAUAAUCGAUACGUCCAUAAGUUAUGAUCGCACUCACGGCUUGUUUGCCAUCUCGGGCUGCAAGACGCUGGAGAAAAAGGUGGCGGUGGCCGUCAACUAUUCGUAGUUAUAAAAUCCGUGAUGUAAGACUUAGACUUAUUAAGGUUUUGUAUUUUUGAAAAAAUAUUUUAAGCAUUAAAGUGAUUGGGCUACCAAA